CCGAGUCGUCAUGGCGCGGGGGACUCUUGGACGCGACUCAAUCAAUUAAACUUCCCGUCGCGUGUGGUAAAGCCCGUCGCAAUGCUGUGGUGAAUGAUGUGGUAAAACAACAGCAACCAUUCACAUUCUCACUGCUUUUAGCUCCUGUCUCUUUCACUUGAGUUUCCACCCAUUGAGGAUCCCAUGUUCUUAUAUUUUAUAUAACUUGCACCAAUGAAGCAAUUCAGAGGCCCCUCUUUACAAAUAUGGCGGACCAGGAUAUUGCCAAUGUCUUCGCCAUCCCAGAUUUCUGGAGAGGCCCAAGGUGGCUAGACCUGCCACGUCCAGAAAAUGCCGAAUUCUUCGGUCUGGAUAUCAAGUCGACAGACAAGUCCUGCUUGCCUCAAAUCAGCCAUGAUACAAUUGCCAGCUCCAAGUCUGACGAGUUCUUCAGGAUACCAGCUGCCCUGGAACCGUUGAAACUCACCGCAUCCCAGGUCCAUCUGGACGCGCCUGCACCAGCAGCCUCACAACAACGAUGGAAGGAUGUCAACCUCUUCGAUGAUGCGUUCAUCCGGGGUGCGGAGGUCCCCAUGUCUACUGCAGAGUACAAAAGCUGGGAUGGUUUCGUCAUGCCAGAUCUUCCCCCAAUAGAUCCAUUAUUCAUCACUGAAGCCGGACCUGGCGCUUACGAUGCCGCUCUGGAGUUGACGAACGAUCCCCUUGCGAUCAAGAGUGGAAGUCACAAUGUGGUACAAACGCACCCAUAUCUCACAGCUUUACUUGCCCUCGCUAUGGGAAGAGCCUCAAUAUUCUUCACCUGGAACGAGAGAACUGCCUCAUUCGUGCAGGACUUGGGCAAAUUGAGAAUUUCGGGCUACUCAGCCAACGUGUUAGAUGGACUGCAGACUAGGUGUCUCCAGUGUGGAAACAUCUCUCGCUUUCUCUACGUUUUUGUGCAGAUCACAUACAAAACACAUCCAUCGGCCGGGAGAGUCGCCUUGGCCAAAUCCAUGGAUACUGUUCUUCUAGCCGUGCAGACAAAGCUUGGGGGUCAAGCGAGGAAAAUAAACUCUCCACUCCAGCUUCAGUCUCUAGUCUAUCCCGUCUCUACCAUCUUGACAUAUUUCAACAUCUUGGUAACCAAGCUUAACAAGACAAGAAAUGACGAACAAUUACUUUCUCUGCUGUUCGCAGAAACCCAAAUGCUAGACCAUGGUGAUGAGCUCUUGAGCGACACCAUGCGAGAAGUUUUAGCACGAGUCUCAGAACCAUGGCUGGACUUUACUCAAAAGUGGAUAGGGGUUAAGGCAGAGGAAGGCAACCCCAUCACAAAAGACGGUCCCGGGAAAAGUUUUGUAAAAGUCGAAGACGUUGCGUACGUCGAUGACUUUGGUAUUGAGAACGACGAGCCAGAUUAUGUUCUAGACAAACGUCGCAUACCAACUUUCAUGCCAGACGAAGUUGCUCAGACAAUGUUUGAGACGGGUAAGACUUUGCGACUUCUGCAAACACAUCAUGCCGACCACCCCCUUUGCAACUUUGGUAUUGUUCAAUCGUCAGAUCCGCCAAGUCUCGAUUGGCAUUACAACUGGAAGUCAAUCCAAGUUCUCCAGGAACGUGCAAUCAGAUAUGAGACAAACUUACUGGAAGCGAUACGUCAAGGGUCAAACCAGAAUGAUGCUGUGUCACAGCAACAAGGCAGGUCUCAUUCGGGCUAUGACCUACACCUCUUUGGUCAAGAACAAAGUCAAUUAGCAGCGAGGCUAGUUGCAUCUAUCAAACAACUGAAUGGACCUCUUCCGGCUGUUUCCGAGGCUGACAGGUUAUCUCAACUGUUGCAUGACCGGCUAUUUGAGGACGAGAACAGCAACAAAAUGCCGGCUGGACUGGACCUCGCUCCGCACUGGACCCUGCUUCCACUGUUAUCCUUCGCCCCGCUGAUAGAGUCACAAGCUAGACUGAUCAACAGGGAGUACAUGAAGCUACUCUUCACGUCGCAUGAUCUUCGCGAUCAUAUCCUUUUACAAAAAGAUUUUCAGCUUCUCGGAAAUGGUGUUUUUUGUGAUCUUCUAUCCCAUGCACUUUUCGACGCAGACCUAGAGACGACUGAGCGGCAAGCUGGUGUUGCGAGGAAUGGAGGUGUCAUGGGCCUCCGAUUAGGCAGUCGUGAAACAUGGCCUCCUGCCAGCUCCGAGCUUCGUCUUGCGUUGAUGGGCGUCCUUACCGAGAGUUAUCUUCCCACUUCAGGAGAGUCUUCAUGGAGCGAAGAACACACUGACUUGCCCGGCGAUUUGAGCUUUGCGGUUAGGGACCUCUCGGAUGAGGAAAUUGAAAAGUGUAUGAAUCCAGGUUCACUUGAAGCUUUGGAUUUCCUGCGCCUAUCGUAUAAACCCCCGCCACCGCUGGCGCCCAUCAUAACGCCGGUAGUUUUGGUCAAGUACGACAAGAUCUUUAAGCAUUUACUGCGUAUACUUAGGAUGUUAUACGUGGCUGGAGAACUGCACCGGAACUUGAACGGACGGACCUCGAAAUGGCAAGAUGCCAACGAUGUAGCGUUCCGCUUCCGAUUCGAGGCCCAGCACUUUGUCAGUAGUAUUACAGCAUAUGUUUUUGAUACCGGCAUUGCUCUGCCGUGGGCCCAGUUCCUGAACUGGCUGGAUAGAGUGCGGUCAGAUCUCGAGGACAACCACUCUGCAGGCAAGAGAAUAUCCGUCGCAAGUCCAGAUAAUGUGCGGAUGCACCACGAAAAGGCCCUGGACUCGAUAAUGAACACGCUGUUUUUGCGAAAACGACAGCAGCCCAUUCUGAAGGUACUGGAAGACAUAUUCACAUGUGUACUGAAAUUCUCCAAACUUGCAAGGCUAGAAGCUACGGGCAGCUUCUUGUCAAAUAGCCAAGAAACCUCGAUGACAGGACUAUAUAGGGUAUUCAAGAACAAGGUGGGCAUAUUCAUCACUGUCUGUCGUGGGCUUAGCGAGAAGACAGGACAGCAUGCCGAAUCGGCCAAAAACGACACUACGAACGAUGGAAAGAAUAGAGCGAUGGAAGAAAACACCAUCGAGAGACUUCUUUUGCAGCUGGAAAUGUCGGGUCACUAUGGUGGGACUGGUCAUCAACAUAUAUAGAUCUUUGGUGACCUCAGAGAGCUGAAAUCCAGACAUAAAUCUAUCAUUGAU